AGCUUCGACAUCAAGCAGCUUCUUCGUCGAGCAGAUUCUUAUUUACCAGCUGAUUACAAGCUCACCUACACUCUCUUUUACUCUCCCCUCUCUGAACAUCAUGGCAAGUUAAUGUCCUACCAUCUCCGAGACAGCUUGCGGUUUCCUAUACUCGCUCGAGGACACUGGACAAUGACCUGUCUUUUUUUUUUCCGGGAUAUUGGCCCAUGUGAAGAAUCUUCGAAACUCCAUCCCCUGUCGGAAGAGCGCUUACUACUCACUUACAUAAAGAUGGAUGAUGAACUGACACGAUGAAUGAACACAGAUGAAGUUCCCCGGGAUUAUUCCUGCUGAGAUGACUACUCUUAACGGAUACUAUGUUCGUACCAAUUCUUCGAUCCCCGGAACCUCCGAGAUUAAGCAACUCGACUUCACGGUUGACGGUCAUCCCAAGUUGAUUCGAGUCUUGCAUCGACAAGACCGGUCCGUCGAACCGCCCCGCUUCCGGCUCCGAGUCGUGGAGCACCCCAACUGGGUGACACGGUCCGUGCGCAAAAGAAAGGUCGACUGGGACGCCGCGGUGGACGUAGGUCCAGCACCGUUCAACCACCCCACUGCGACUCUGCCGGACAUCUACAAGGCCGUUUUAGAAACCCUCGGACGCGAAAUCUCGGAGGCUACGCUGGAACAGAUCAACAACCUCCACAAAGACGACACCACCCUUGACCUGCCCCUCGAGGGAGACAAGGUCUGGUUCGAUGACUACAGCUGGAUCCAGCUUCCCAUCAACCGUUCUUCGUACCUAGCCAUCAGCCCAGACGACGACUCCUCCGGUGACUCUGGCGACUCUGGCACCGUAGGCGACAACGACUGCUACCUCGACUGCGAUUUCGAUUGUGGCGACGCUUUCGCGGACGAGAACGAGCAGACAUUGCAGGGUGACUCAGACACGGCUGGCAAAGAUUGCGACGACAACUACACAAUGGCUCCCUCUGGCCCCAAGGCGCAGAGCGUUGCGCAGAGUGCUGCUGCCACGAACAACUCGGCACCCGCCCCCGAGCCCGCGGCGGCCAAGGGUCCUCACCCUGGCCACAUGCAGGUGUCUUGCCAGUUCACGAGCGAGCAGAGAUUGAGACGCAUGCUGCGAGACAACAAGAGCGAUCCAGCUAGGGAGGAUAGCUACCGUCUUCAGGGAGUGCAGCUCAUCGAUAACGUCCGCACCAUGCUGCGCGUUCCUAUCAAGACGUUUGACACUGCUUGUGUCUACUUCCACUGGUUCAGACUCUCGUUCCGCGACGCUGAGUACAACUACUCAGAUGCUGCCAUGGCUUGUCUCUUCCUGGCCUGCAAGGUCGAGGACACCAUCAAGAAGUCUAGGGAGAUCCUGUGUGCGGCGUACAACAUUAAGAAUCCCGAGCACCCCACGACCCAGGACGACAAGAUGUUCGAGCAGCCCUCCAAGAUCAUCAUCGGCUUGGAGCGCCUGGUCCUCGAGACCGUCGGCUUCGACUUCCGCUGCCGCUACCCUCAGUCCGCUCUGCUCAAGGCAACCAAGAAGAUCUUGGGUCCUCAGUCCAAGACCGUCUUCGCUACCGCCAUGGAGAUGAGCGUCGACCUGUACAAGACCUUUGCCCCGGUCAAGCAGACCACCUACGCCCUGGCCCUAGGCCUUCUCGAGCUCAGCGCCCGCCUCCUCGGCCAAGGCGUCGACAAGGUAGAGAAGAUCAACUACGCCGACUUCCACACGACGCGCCAAAACGUCGUCGAGACGGUCCUCGACCUCCUCGACCUCUAUACCCAGCACGGCAAGUCCACCAAGCUCGGCGUCCAGUUCGACCUCAACAAGUUCAUCGAGGUCAAGAUCGUCAUCAACAGCGAGGUCGACAACACCCCCGGCCUCGUGCGCUACGCCCACUGGUGCACCAAUUGCGACGGCGGCGAGGACGAGAACCUCUCCAACGGCGUCUCCGUCCUCAAGAAUAUUUCCUUCUUUGGUAGCAACUCUGCUAAGCGCAACGGACGCAACCAGGACGGCACCAUGCGCUUCGUGUUUGACCCGGACCGCGCCCGCCAGGAGCGCAAGGAGGUCGAGGCUUACUACCGUGACGAGUAUGAAGAGUACGAGGUCGAGGUUGAGGUUCCCAUUGAGCCUGAGCAGCGCGGCGGCGGCAACAACAAUAACAACCAUAACCACCGCGAUAAGCGUCAUGAGGGCGGCGGUGGCGGUGGUUGGGGCGGUCGUCGUAACCACCAUGGUCGUGCCAAGGGCCGCGGUUACUACUGAGCUUGCUUGCUACCUCUAUCAUCGCCUUCAUCUUUGAAUUCGCUCUUCACCGCGCGGCGGUCACUACUUCUGUCGACGCUUACAUAGUACCCGCCAACGAACGAGGCUUUGCACAUCAAGUGUAUAUGGGAACGAAGGGAAACUUUGUCCGAUUAUUUGGCGUUGACGGUACUAAAAGAUACCCCAUGGGAAAAGAAUUUGGAAUGCUUUUUUUCUUUGUUUCCGGGAAGG